AUGUUGUCAUCCGAGAGCGGAUUGUCCUAUACUGAUGACCCUUUGGCUAUUGUUUCCGAUGAUGAGAUCGCCCCGGAGCCAGAGAUCUUUACAUCCGAUACUGAGAGUGACCCAGAUAUGCUAUCUGACGAUGACGACGACUUUCAGCCGUUUACGUUGCCUCAUUUUGGAGACGACUUACCGCUUGCUGAUGGUAUUCCAGAAGAGGAUCCUUUUGUUAUUCCCAUUCCAGUCCACGAUCAUCUUAUCAUCGGGCAUCCCGAUGGUGAGCAUAUUGUGGCACCGAUCCUCGCUCAUGUUCCUUUAAUGGUCAUCCCUCCUGAGGAUUGGCUUUUUGAUGAUCUGUUUGACGAUGAUUUUGAUCUAUGUGUUGAUGGUCCUCCCGAUGACGCCCAUGGCGAUGGAGAGCUAGAUGAGGACGUUGUUGCUAGUCCACUUCCUGAGAUCCCUGUUAUUGAGAUUUCCUCUGACUCUAGUUUGCACUAUGUCUCAGAUUCCUUUGAGUCUGUGACUUCAUCCGCCUUGCAGGCAGUUGGAUUACGACGCUAUGCCACUGAUUCUGAUGAUGAUGCGGCCAUGUCAGCUGCACCACCCCCUCCACACGAGCUUGAGCCUGGUCUUGAGCCAGAUUUUGUUCCUGUUGAUCAGCCUGAUGUUGCACCUGCUGAUCCUGAGCCGAUACCUAAUCCUGAACCUUUACCUGAUCAUGACCCUAUUCCUUUUGGCAUACCUGACAUUGCACCCCUCAUACCUGACCGAGUUCCUGCACCCGUUGACCCUCCUGUUAUUAAGCCAUUCAUUCCUCCACUAGCACGUGCACCCGCUGAUGUUGCUCCUUUUCUCCCAGUGGAGUCUGAUGUUCAUCGUGUUGAUUUACCCAUUGUUUUCUUACAGGACAUAUCCGCACCCCGUCCAGGGGAAGGCACUUCAGGCCAGCAGCCUAGUCAUGACUCUCAUGUUUCAGCAGCUUUCCCACACAUACCUCAGUCUGCACCUUUGGCUCCUUUUACUUCUUCACCACUUGAUGAGCCAUUCCGAUGGUUCCCACCAUACACCAUGCCGAUUUCAGAUCCCUACCAUCCCUCGCACUUUGCUGGUUAUACAUGGGAUGACUUACUUUUAUCACCGCAGCUUCAGUUUGAGAUCAUGAGUCGUAGGAUUUUGGAGCUUGAGAUGACACAGCGUCCUUUGCCAUGUCCGUGUCAGCCUGCUUUUGUUCCCCCUCGCUCAUCACCGUCUCCGUUUUCACAUCCUCCUGCACCUCUCACUCCAUUUCCAGAGUUUGAUACUCUAUUUCUUACCGUCGAGCAGUAG